AUGUUGAAUUAUAAUCCCGAAAGAUUUGACCCAAGCACUACACCAUGUGCAAUGCCUUUUAUUAAGGACGGUGAAAUCGUAAGAGUUCCGAAUUCAACGGUUUACACAGCUGUUCAAAACAGUUUACAAAACAUUUUAGCGAAUAUCUUUAAUUCAGAAACUACAGAAAUAAAAUUACCAUAUAUAACAGAUGCUAAAGAAAUUAAAUCAAAAACGACAACAUUAUUUACGUCACUUAAUGAUUUAAUGACUUAUAUCAUUAAUAUUCCUGCACCAACUAUAGCAUUUGAUCCAAACUCGACGGUUUGUAGUGUACCUUUCAUAAACGAUAACUCAUUAAUUACUUUAAGGGAUUCGACAGUAAAUGAAUCAUUAAAGGCGUCAUUAAUGAAAAUCAUUGAUUUUAACUCAUUCAUGAAUACAUAUAAUUCAUUCAUUAAUGUUUCAUAUGCUUCUAAAGAAGGUGAGCCAAAAACUAUCGAUAAAGCGGUGUAUGAAAUAAAAGCAUCAACGACGAAAUUGAAUUCGUUAACUUUUGACGGUGAUAGUUUCGUUAAUGACAUAACAUCGGGGAAAACAAUUUUAACGAAAGAAUAUUUAAAAUCUCAUGUUAGUGAGUUCGUUGAAAUUGAAAAAGAAGGUGGAAUUAAGUUCGAUCCACUGAAUUUCAUUUUCAGCUUAGCGAAUGCGGGUGUUAGUUUCGCUGAAUGGACAACUAUACAGAGUGAAAUAAAUGCAAUAUGGACGUUUUUGGGGUCAAAAGCGGGAAUGGGUGAGCUUGUAAAUGCUGCAAGAACAUUAGGUGAAACAGGAAAUUUUGUAGAUGGUUUUAAAAGACUUGUUUCAAAUGUUUUAACAAACACAAAGAAAUUAUUUAGAUAUACCGUACAUAACGGACGGAUUUUCGAACAGAUAGCAACAAACCCUCCGGUUAUGGCUGCGUUGAUGAUG